GCCGUAGGUACAGGCGUUAGCGGGAUAGAAAGAGAACGCUGCAUAGUUACUCGUGCCAUUCUUGUUUAAUGACGCAUGCGCGCAGCCCAUCCAUGUUUACUUACAAGCAUGGUAGUGAAUAUGCCGGAAUUAACCGCUUUCGAUUUUACAAAUGUUUUUGUGUACAGUUUUUUUAAAAAAUGACUGUAAAGUGUAUCGUGUGCAAAAAAGAAUCAAACCGAUUUUCUGAUCGCAGUUUUCAUAAAUUUCCCACAAAUGAUACUUUGCGACAGACUUGGAUAGAGGCCCUGAAUUUAACCACUAUAGUGAAUUUUAAAACAACAUAUAUAUGCAGUGACCAUUUUGAAGAAAAAUGCUUCUACGAUAAAGAUGAAUUUCGAACAAGAAACCGACUAUUUACAUCAGCGGUUCCAGAAAUAAUUAUAGAACAUGCAUCGACUUCAUCUACAAAUGAAAUAAACAAUCGUGCAAUACAAAAACAAGACUGUGAUAAUAGUACUAUGAAAGAAUGUGAUGAAAAUGAAACUCCAAGUACGCCAGUUUCCUCUGGAGAUUUUACUUCUCCAAACCCCACCGCACAAAAUGUAUCACUUUCUACUAAUGAAGAUGUUACUUCUCAAAGCUCAACGGAAACAUUUGCCGAAGAUGUCACAUCACAAAAUGGCAGUAGCAAUUUGGACAUCCAAGCGCAAUCACUCAACACAAGAAAUGUUUCGAACAGUCGAAAACGGAAGCAAUCGCUUGCAGCUACCAUUGAAACCAACACAAGUAAACGAAUUCGUUUUAUGGUUGGAUUCCAAACUAAGUACAUGUUGAGAAAUGAUUUUAUUUCGGAUGAAGCAUGGAAUAAGUUCCUUCGAUAUCGAUUAUGUCAAUAAUCAAAAAUGGCAGCUGCACAUAAUAGAAGUUCUAGGAAAAGAAAAAAAAUACAAAAUCUGCAGAUUCUGAUAAAAGAUCUAGAGAAA